ACCACAGUGUGAAACCCAACACAAAUAAAUUCUUCAGCUCCCACAAGCAUUCAACUGCUACCAGGAACCAAAAUAGAAACAAAAACCCAUGUCAUCCCUAAAACUUCCACUCCUGGUGCUGGUGCUGGUGCUGGUGCUACACCUUCUGGGUGGUUCAGACAUCACCACCACCAUCAUCUAUGCUGCUUCAACCAAACCUGACCCUCAUUUUCAAGUCUUCAAUGUGAGAGCAACCAUCGCAGGCACAAAAGCCCUACCUGCAAACAUUACUUCUUAUCAAGAAGCUUCGGAAAGCAGCCACAAAUCCGAGAAGUGGAAGCUAAAGUUAGUCCAUAGAGACUUACUCUCUUCAAACAACUUCUCCGAUUACCGCCGCCGUCUUGAUGAACGCUUGAAGAGAGAUGCGUUAAGGGUUGCUACUCUUACUAGCCGGCUUUCCGGCACCCGCGGUGGCGGCGGUGGUGGUGGUGGUGGUAGUGGUGCCGCCAGUUAUGAGGUGGAGGACUUCGGGUCGGAGGUAACUUCCGGCAUGGAUCAAGGGAGUGGUGAAUAUUUUGUACGGAUAGGAGUUGGAAGUCCUCCAACGGACCAAUACAUGGUGAUUGAUUCUGGGAGUGACAUAGUAUGGGUUCAAUGUCAACCUUGUAGCCAAUGUUACCACCAGUCCGACCCGGUGUUUGAUCCGGCUGAAUCCGCUUCAUUUUCCGGCGUCUCUUGCCGCUCCAGUGUCUGUAAUCAACUCGAGAACUCCGGCUGUCAUGCCGGCGGCUGCCGGUAUGAGGUCUCUUAUGGUGAUGGGUCUUACACUAAGGGGACCCUUGCCCUUGAGACACUAACUUUUGGAAACACCGAGGUCCGAAAUGUGGCUAUCGGGUGUGGCCACAUGAACCGGGGCAUGUUUGUAGGGGCUGCCGGAUUAUUGGGUCUCGGUGGUGGUUCAAUGUCGUUUGUCGGGCAGCUUGGUGGUCAGACAGGCGGUGCAUUCGGUUACUGCUUAGUAAGCCGUGGAAUGGGUUCAUAUGGAUACGGGUCAUUGGUGUUCGGACGUGGAGGUGGAGCCAUACCCGUGGGUGCUGCAUGGGUCCCAUUACAACGAAACCCACGGGCCCCAAGUCUCUAUUAUGUGGGCCUUUCCGGCCUAGGUGUAGGUGGUAUCCAAGAGCCCAUCUCCGAAGAUAUUUUACAGCUAUCGGCGUUAGGUGAUGGAGGUGUUGUGAUGGACACCGGAACGGCUGUGACAAGGUUUCCGACACCAGUAUAUGACGCGUUACGUGACGCCUUCAUAGCGGCCACUGCAAGUCUGCCCCGGGCCUCCCGGGUAUCGAUUUUUGACACUUGUUACGAUCUUUCCGGGUUUGAGACCGUACGAGUUCCGACCGUGUCGUUUUACUUCUCCGGUGGACCAAUACUGACACUUCCGGCGAUGAAUUUUCUGAUUCCGGUGGAUGAAGGUGGUACAUUCUGUUUUGCUUUUGCACCUUCUUCUACUAGCCUUUCCAUAAUAGGGAACAUUCAACAGGAAGGGAUCCAGAUAUCCUUUGAUGGAUCAAAUGGGUUUGUGGGAUUUGGGCCCAAUACUUGCUAAACUAAUAAUAUAUUAUAUUUCUUGUAAAGUUUUUGUAAGUGUAGUGAAUUUUGGGGGAUCUAAUUGCAAUAAUAUAUAGUAUAGUGGCUGUAAAAUGAGAGUAAUAUUGGAUGUACUAAAUUAUUAA